GUCAUCGUUACGACACGGAGGCUUCUCAGCCACAGAGGCCGCUGCCCAGUUAAGCUACCGCAAAUGCCUCGCAUUGCCUCAGAUGCCACCUCUAGUUUCAGGACACGCGCGUGCACAAGGGGCAGCUUGGGAGUCCGUGAGAGACCAAGGCCUUGUGCUGGCAUCUUUAUUCUCCCCAUCCUAGUAGGGCUAGUUGCCAGUCUGAGUCCAGGUUUUCUCUGUUCCUAGUCGUUUACCGUUCACACGAGAAGUGGGAAGGCGCAAGCUAGGUCCGCUGUACUUUCUCAGCCUCUGCUGUCUUGCUGCAGUCACCUCUUCUUCUUUCCCGUCUUCCCGACAGCCUUCCUGAUAUUUUUUCUUUCCUUUAUCUUUGCCAACUCCAGUCACAAGUUGGGUGAAACUGGUAAUAAUAUCAGAUAGAUCUAGAUAAUAAUGCUAUGUUUAUCAGUUAUUACUAUCUAGAUCUAGUUCUUUCCCAUUUCGUGUCUGCUUUUGGAAAACUUCUUUGCUCAUGCACUGGGAUGUCUUUGUUGAGUACAAAUGUGUUGAUUCUCUUGGAGCCAUGGAAGAACUGCAAGCUCUGUUCAGUUCAGGUAUUUAUAGCAAAUUCCACAGGUUAGAAUUCUGUAAUUCUUGAUUCGUAUCUUUUGCACUAGGCUGCAGUAGGUGGAACUUGGGGUUCUGUGAAAAACAGAUCCUGCAAAACUGCAGUUCAAUUGCUAAGAGAACAACAUUUGAGGGAAAGGGGGGAAACCAGAUCUAUCUAGAGAAGUUACUGAAGAGCAGAAUGAACAGACAUACCCAGAGUACCUUUAACUGCAGGGGAAAUUUCAUUUAGCAGGGGAGAGUUUGAUUCAAAAUGCCUAACUCUAAAAGCAGAUCUCGGCAUAAGCACAAAGUUGGUCAAGAAGCUGGGAGACGUGAGUUAGUCUCUAGAUCCUUACAAAGUGCUCAACACUGUUUGGAGGACCAGGACUUUGGAACUGCAUAUGCACACUAUCUCUUGGUAUUAAAUCUAGCUCCUGAGCUUAAAAGUGAUGUCAAGGAAACUUUUCAGUUUACCCUUUUUAAAUGGGCAGAAGAGCUGGAUUCUCUUGCACGAAUUCAAGAUUUAUUUGACUGUUAUGAACAUGCCUUGGAAUUGUUUCCAAAUGAUGAAGUCAUAUGUAACAGCAUGGGGGAGCAUCUUUUCAGAAUGGGCUUUAGGGAUGAAGCAGCUGCAUAUUUCCAUAAAGCUGUGAAGCUGAACCCUGACUUUCUUGAGGCAAAGGAGAAUUUUUACCGUGUUGCCAACUGGGUGGUAGAACGAUGGCACUUCAUCAUGCUUAAUGACUUCAAUCGAAAUUUGUUAUAUCAUAAAGCAAUUCAAAAGGCAGUCAAUUCAGGGUGCAGCAGUGUUCUUGAUAUUGGAACAGGAACAGGGAUUCUCAGCAUGUUUGCCAAAAAGGCAGGAGCAUCUUCUGUCUAUGCUUGUGAGUUGUCAAAGACCAUGUACAACUUGGCUUGUGAAGUGCUGGCUGCAAAUAGGUUGGAUGGAGAGAUCAAACUUCUUCAUAUGAAAUCCUUUGAUAUAGAAAUUCCAAAGCACAUACCUGAAAGGGUUUCCCUGGUUGUCACUGAAACAGUAGAUUCUGGUUUAUUUGGAGAAGGAAUUGUGGAAAGCUUGAUCCAUGCUUGGGAACACUUGCUUUUACCACCAAAGGCUAAUGAUGGAAAACUUGAUGAAGAAUAUGGUAAAGUUAUACCAGCUGGAGCUACUGUAUGGGGCAUGGCAGUGGAAUGUGAAGAGAUACGCAGACAUCAUAGAGUGAGUGUAAAAGAAAUUGCUGGUGUGUGUUUGCCAGAAACACUGGCAUUCCACAGUCCAACAUUUGCUUCUGUGAACUCAGUUGAAACUCUUGAACCUUAUACUACUGAAAAGCUCAGUAGAAUUCCUGGUGGCUAUAAAGCCCUCACAGAACAUUUCCAGGUUUUGACAGUCAAUUUUAACAAUCUGCAGGAGCUAAAAAGCUAUGCAGUUAGUAAACCAUCUGAAAUCAACAUCCCUAUUAUUAAAGGCGGAAUUCUAGAUGCAAUUGUGGUCUGGUUUACACUACAACUUGAUGAGGAACAUAUACUUUCUACUAGUCCAAGUGAGGACACUUGUUGGGAACAGGCAGUCUAUCCUGUUCAAGGCCUCCCUGAUUAUUCUGUGCAAAUUGGAGACUCGGUCAAGAUGGAAUUAUCCUGCCAGGACUGCUAUUUAAGGAUCCAAAAAAUUUCUCUUGUGACUUCAGAAUAUGGAAUGGAUUUUGAAAAAAAUUUCAAAGAGAAGAACAGUGAGGCUGAGCUUUGCAGUGCUCUAGCCAGUCUUCAAACAGCAAGUACAAUGGAGUGUGUGCAGCAGGAAUGCAGGCUAGAAUCUACUGAGAUUGCUUUACUUAAUAAUCUGCCAUAUCACAAAUGUUUUAAAACUGCAAUUGGCAAAGUGCUGUCAUCCUUAAGCAGCCAUGAACAAAUGCACACUAUGGAUGUGGAUGGCCUCAGUGAUGAGCAGAAUCUUGAAAAGAACCAUAGACAAAAUUCUGUUAUUGAACCUUUGUAUGUAUUAGAUGUAUCAGAGGGCUUUUCAAUUUUGCCAGUGAUUGCAGGCAAAUUUGGGCCAGUUAAGGCAUAUAGCUCCAUUGAAAAAGAUCAUCACCAAAUAGCUCUCAGUCUGAUUUCAGAAGCCAAUAGAUUUCCUAAGGAAACAUUAGAGUUUUGGCUCGGCCAUCUACAAGAUGAAAACAUGGUAUUACAGAGGCCUAAAUCCGACAAAUUGUGGAGUAUUAUUAUUUUGGAUGUCAUAGAGACUUCUGGUCUAAUUCAGCAGGAUGUGAUGGAAAAGGCAGCCAUUUCCAGGUGUCUGCUUCAUUCUGGAGGUAAAAUAUUCCCACAAUAUGUGAAGAUGUAUGGGAUGCUUGUGGAAUCAAAGUCGUUAAUACUUGAGACUGAAGUUCAAGGGACAGAUCCUACACUUGGUUUCAACAUUGCACCUUUUAUCAACCAAUUCAAGGUGCCUGUACGUGUUUUUUUGGAUUUGUCUACACUACUAUACGUGCCUUUAAGCAAGUCAGUGGAACUUCUGCGAGUCGAUCUCAUGAAUCCAUAUUUGAACAGCUCUAGUAGGGAAGUUAAGGUGGAGGUUUGUGAAUCAGGUCAAGUGACUGGUAUUCCAUUUUGGUAUCAUGUACAUUUGGAUGAAGAUAAUGUUUUAGACACAUCAAGCAAGUCCUCCCAUUGGAAACAAGCUGCUGUUGUAUUAGAUAAACCCAUCCAAGUUCAAGCGGGAGAUGAACUUGUACUCAAUGUUCACUAUUACAAAAGCAACAUAAGCAUUACAGUAAAACAGUAAAAUGUCACCAGCUACUGUUGGUAAUCAUGGCCUAAAGCAUUUUAGUCAAAGUAUUUUAUAAUUCAGCAUAACUAUAGCAAGAAUGGUACACUGUCUCAAAUUUUGUGACUGGGAUUGCUACUAAAAACAAAGCCAUGAUCCCCAGAGAAGUUGAAGAAAAAAUUAGUCCUGGUGGACUGAUAGUUUGUGAAUAAGUGGUUUAGAGAUUAAUAAUAUUCCAUUUCCUAUUUUUAGAUUUCUGGAAAAAUAUUUUAUGAAUUAGUGCAGUACAAAGUAAAAUGAAAAAGGGAUUCUUACAGAACAUACCUGUUCUUCAAGUCUCAUGUUUUGUAGAUAAAGCAGUGAUGAGUCAGGUGGGCAGUGAGCUAGGACACUGCUGUGCCUUCUGCAGACCUACAAUACUUUGCUGAAAGAAAAUGAAACACUAUCUUUUAAUCCUAAAUACAGAUCCAGAAAGGAUGUAAGAGUUCGCUUUAAAGAUCAUAUGGAUGAAAAGGGUAUUAUAGUUCUAUCUAAGCUAAAUUCAGUGAAACAAUCUGGGAAACAAAGCAACAAAACAUUUAAUGUAAUGGGCUUGGAUCUAGUGCAAUUGCUAUUUAUUAGUCUGACAUCCUCAAUUAAAAAUCAAUUUCAUGUAAGAAAUACUGACUGCCAGCUAGGAGCACCACCCACAAAAUCUUAGAAUCUCAGUAGAUUCUUAAAGUUUACUUGUAAACUUCUUAAACUUUAAGUGUCUGGAAAUAUGGUACUAGACCUGCUGAAAAAACUUAGGAAUAAAUGGCCCCAAGCUUCUUCCUCAGUGAAGAGUUUUACUGUAAACUGCCAAAUAGUUUUGGGUUUGUUUUGUUGGUUGGUUGUCAUGGGAGUUCAGAUUGGCUAGUUUUUGUUCAGGAAGUGCUAUCAUUUGCCUAGAGGAUAUUCUGGCAAGCAGGACCCUCUUUUCACCCUAAUGCAGGAUGUGGAAGGCCCAAGUGGCAUUGUGUGCAACUAGUACAAUACAUGAAUGUACUUGUCCUGUUGCUGAACUCACCAAUGAGUAAUUGAAGAGUAGAGGAUGGAGAGUAAGCAGUGUAUGGAAGAAACAGAUCCAGAAACAUGGUGGUAACCGUGACAAGAAAAGGUUCGACUUAAAAACCUAGAAUGCCUAUUGCCAUUACAAGUCUAGAACCAGUAGGUAUUUCCAGUAGGCAGGCACAUAUCACAAACAGGAAAUGCACAGUCAAAAAGAACUGUAUAAUAUUAAGUGUUUGAAUAAAAUUUUAUUUGCUUAUAUACAAUAAAGGCAAUGAAUAAAUGA